UCUCUCUCUUAGGUGAGUGUCGGCUGAUCUCUCGCUCAGUAGCAGCCCACACAUCUGUGGAGCGCAGACACAAUAACGGACGAGUCUAGUGGAAAAAAAGAAGAUAAAAUAGUGGAAACUCUGCGACCGCGUGGAUUAAGAAAAACAGAGCAGAACCAAGAGUGAAAGACGAGAAGGUCCCAAGGAGGAAUCAUCUGGGAAACUGACUGGAAACUUUAGAAAAAGAGACAGAGAACUAUUUUAAGAACAAAGGAGACCUCAUUCACUGAAGAUUUCAAUCUUCUCAGGAGUCCUGAAGGAUAGAAAGUUAAAUACUGUGACGGCUUACUGGAAUACAGGUUUAUUUUGGGAAUUUUAUAUUAAAAAACAAAGCAUAAACAGACUGACGGCAGUUACGGUGUUUCCUAACAUGGAGCUGAAGUGGACACUUCUUCUUUUGGGUCUGUUCCUGGUGUCUAGUGAAUCUCGCUCAUGUGGAAAGGGAUUUGAAAGAAUAAACAGCACCUGUGUUGAUACAAAUGAGUGUGUGACGAAUCCAGGUGUGUGUGGCGAUCACGCUCAGUGUUUCAAUACACCUGGAAGUUACUACUGCACCUGUGAUGAAGGAUUUCAGGCAACAUCACCCAACUUCACCCAAACAACAGGACAGUGUAGAGAUAUCAAUGAGUGUCUGGUGGGAACAUAUGAAUGCCCAGGUGAUUUGGUGUGUGUGAACACCAUCGGCUCCUUCAACUGCUCAUGUCCAAAUGGAUUUGCCCUCGAUCCUAGACUAGACGCAGGUUGUAAAGAUGUGGAUGAGUGUUUGUCCUCAGUGUGUGGAGUUCACAGCAGCUGCUUUAACACAGCUGGCGGUUUCCUCUGCACUUGUUCUCCAGGGUUUGUUGAACAUGAAAACAGCACCUGUGCAGACAUCGAUGAGUGUAAAGAUAAUCUAGAUAUUUGCGGCACAAAUGCACAGUGCCGCAAUAAAGUAGGCAGCUACAACUGCGAAUGUCACCAGCGUUACAGUAACUAUGGCAACAACCAGUCAAAAUGCAUCGAGAUGAGCUGCGACCAAUUUAAAGCAGAGUCUGACGUGGAGAGCACGCCUGAAACGUUGAAGCAUUUACAGGCUCUGUUGAGGAGCAGCUGUGAGUCUCUGCGAACUGCAAAUGGCAGCCGUAAGACAGGAGAGCAGUUACUGGAGAACGUGUUCAAUUCCACUGACGAGCUGCUGUCUGAAGGAAACAUCGCUGACGGUGAGACGCUGAAUCAGUUUCUGGACGUGGUGGAGAACAGCAUGCGUCUGAUCGGACCUCAGCUGAAAAAGCCUGUGACCAGGAUGGAGACACACAACACCUUUGCUGAGGUUGCAGUCAUGCGGGGUCAGACUCCGCCCAGUGGGCGUGUCACUCUGCGCACAGACUCCGCCCUCUUCAACACCAGCUGGGAAACAGUUGUAGGGAAAUCAUAUCCAGGUUUUGUGUUUGCGGCUCUGGUCAGUUAUAAAGAUCUGAACUCAUCCAGAGAUCUGCUGCACAAGAUGAGCAGAGAGAGACCAGACGAUGAAGAGAGAAGCGUCACUUAUCAACUCAACUCUAAAGUGGUGACAGCCGUCGUCAGUAAUGCAGAAACCAAGCAGCUGUCAGAGCCGGUGAUGCUCGUCUUUACACACGAGGAGGAGAGGGCGGAGUCUAAGGGCGUGGCUUACUCCUGUGUGUACUGGGAUGAGGGGGCGUGGUCUGGGCGGGGCUGUGAGAGGGCGUGGUCUAACAGCACUCAUACAGCCUGCUCCUGCUCCCAUCUCAGUAGUUUCGCUGUGUUAAUGGCUCUCUAUCCUGUCCAGGACACGUUUGAGUUGGUGUUGAUGACGCAUCUGGGUUUAGCUCUGUCUCUGGUCUGUUUGUUUCUCUGUAUCCUGACGUUCAAGUUCUGCCGCUCCAUCCAAGGAACCCGAACCAGCAUUCAUCUCCAUCUGAGCAUUCUCUUCAUCGCAGACCUCGUCUUCCUCUGUGGGAUCUCCAGCACUCACAAUCAGGUUGCGUGUAGGAUUGUGGCCGGUCUGCUUCAUUUCUUCUUCUUGUCUGCGUUCUGCUGGAUGCUGCUGGAGGGGGUUCAGCUCUACCGGAUGGUUGUGAUGGUGUUUCACACCACAUUAAAACAUCUCUACAUGUAUCUGGUGGGAUACGGAGUCCCUCUCGUCAUCGUCAUCAUCUCUGCCAUCGCCUUCCCAGCGGGAUACGGCACCAAUCGACACUGUUGGCUCUCACUUGACCAAAAUUUCAUAUGGAGCUUCCUCGCGCCCGUCUGCAUCAUCGUCGUCCUCAACAGCUUUGUCUUCACCAUCACUGUGUGGAAACUGGCCGAAAAAUUCUCCAGCCUCAAUCCAGACCUCUCCAAGCUCCGCAACAUCAAGGGGUUUACUGUGACCGCUGUGGCUCAGUUCUGUAUUCUUGGAGGGACGUGGGUUUUCGGUUCCUUCCUCUUCUACGAGAAAGUAACUCAGGUUGCGUUGUACCUCUUCACCAUCCUCAACAGCCUGCAGGGGGCGAUCAUCUUCAUCAUGCACUGCCUGCUGUCCAAACCGGUCAGAGAUGAGUAUUACAAGCUGAUUAGCAGGAUCUGCUCACUUAAGGAGAAGAAAUAUUCAGAAUUCAGCACCAAUCAUUCCAGCAACAGUCAGCAACCUCUACGGAGCAAUCCGACCACAGGAGAGUCCAAGAUCUAGAGCGGCUCUCAGUCCUGGAUGAUCUUUAGAGAUGUUGACCUUUAAAGACACAUGGAGCUUCAAUUCUGCAGCACAUGCGGCUUCUUUCCAUUGAGAAGGUCUAAAACUGCGUUCUUUCUGUCUAUUAAGCAAGAAUAUUUCAGGUGUGGGGCUCGUCACAUGACCGAUGUGUCACUAGAGGCGGAUUGGAAACAUAUCAGCUAAAUUAAUAAAACAUGCAGCUCAGUUUUCUUCCUCCUGGUCCUGGAGAACCCC